GGGCGUUGGGGGAUCGUAAAAAAAAUAAAAAUGGAGCCGACAACUUCAACGGCAUGGAGGAAAAAAAAGGCAGUCGAUAUUAAAACAUGCAGAGAGGCAGACGAGCUCGGGGCCUUACUGAGAGGAAUGAGACUGCAGCAGAAGGCAGAGGAGAGGGAGAGACGCCUACUGCAGCCUGCCCGACACAGCCAGAGAGAGAUGACUUCUACUAUUAUUACAUUGUUAUUCCCCCCUGCUCAGCUACCCAUUGAUUUGUGUAUGAAAACCUAGCGCUUUUCUUUUUCUUCUGCAUGCUUGCCCCCCUUCUGGGUUCCUGCUUUUUGAGUGAUCAGCUGAUGAAGAGGCUAGCAGCUCGCCGCUAUGCUGGCUUGCUAAUUCUCUCCCCUCCAGCUGCAGCCGCGGCCAAUCCAGCUACAACCCGUCCUGAUCCGCAGAGCCAGACUGCAGACUGCAGCCAGGUGAAGGAGAACGGGGUCUUGGAGGACAUGGAGGAGGACAUCAGCCUAAAGAAAAGGAAAGGUGAUCACCACGGUGACAAAGACACAGAGUCACGGGACUCUGGGCAGGAAGCUGGAGGUGAAAAGGUCAAAAAACGUCGCGGAAGACCUCCGGCGGAGAAACUGCCGCCAAACCCACCUGAGCUCACGAAGCAGCUGAACACACUGGUGGACAUGGUCAUCAACUACAAAGAUGGGUUGGGCCGACAGAUCAGCAAAGGUUUUGUCCAGCUGCCUUCUCGGAAGGAGGUACCAGAGUACUAUGAAUUAAUCCGGAAGCCUGUGGACUUCAGAAGGAUCAGGGAGCGUGUGCGCAAUCACAAGUACAGAAGUGUGGGAGAUCUGGAGAAGGAUAUUAUACUGCUAUGUCACAAUGCCCAGACCUUCAACCUGGAGGGAUCUCAGAUAUUUGAGGACUCAAUAGUCCUCAAGUCUGUGUUUGAGAGUGCCCGACAGAGGAUCGUCAUUGACGAUGAGGAGAAGAAGGACAGCACUGCCAUCUGUGACAAUGACAAAGGUCGAGACAAUCAGUUUGUUUCAUCAGCAGUGAAAACUGUGACAAAGCAGGUGAAACAGAGGAUGAAAAAAGAGGAGAGGAGCAGAAAGACCAGGGUCAAGAAAACAGUCUACAGCGAUGUGGACAGUGAUGAGGAUCUGGAGAGCAGGACAGCUAAAGAUGUGGAUUGACCCGGAGGACCAGCGCUAGUUCAUUCAUCCCCCAUAUCCUGUUUCUUUCGGGCCGCUGUCCACUUUUUUACAUUGCAGCUCAUUAGUUUGCUCACCUUUGCGAAAGGUUUGUCUCAUCUCAAGCGAAGAAAGCUACUCAAAGAAAGGAAUUCACAUACCUAAUAAUGUUGGUCCUCAAGUAUCUCACGCAGCCUUCUACUCUCAUGUCUCUUGACUAUAAUUUUCUUCCUUUGGGGUUUGAUAGUGUUGCUUCCUCGGUCUUAAUAUGAAAGCUACUGUAUGUAUCCCCAAUAUUUUCCCAGAGGGUAUCUCCCGGUCCUUUUUCAUGAGUUGUUUUUGUAUUUGAAGGUAUUAUUACUGUAUGUGUGAAAUGUCUUCAUAUGUCUUAGAGCAUGAUGAUGUAUUUUUGGCUGAGAUGGAGAACGCCCUCAGAGAGUGGCGCCUGUUCACGACGUCACUACACAUUGUCUACAGGCUCGGGAGUCAUCAGAACUUGAUUGAUCUGCUCUACAAUAUGACCGGGAUGGACACUACUGGAUUGUUUCAUAUCUCAAAGUGUGUGUAUUUUAAAUUAAGUAAGAUUCUGUAAUA